AUAACCUGCUCUAGUGUCCGCGCGCACCUGUUGGUGAUGUACAGUAGGCUGCAUGUGAACGCUCAUUCCUCUUCACAAUUUCGUCGUUUUAUCACUUUCACGUAGGUUAUUUGGAGCGUUGUCGUUGUACACGGGUGUAUUUCAAAUAAUAAGCGUUUGCUUGUCCUCGUCAAGUGAGAAGAUGAACCAAACUGACCUUCGGAGACUUUUCGCAGCAUGUGAUGGGAAUAAGUCAGGAAGAGUCGAAUACGAGGACUUCACUAAUGUUUGCCGAGAACUUAAUGUCCCUGCGGACGAGAUCAGGACUUUGUUCAACAAGUUCGACCUGGAUGGAGACGGAUACAUUAAUUUCAACGACUUUUCGUCAAGCUUUCACGAAGUUUCCGAAGCCCUUAAUCUUGCUUUGUUGGGAAACAGUUUACAAAGUCAGAGAAGCGCUUGGGAUGAGUUUGAAAACGCUUUAGACGGAGAUGUUGCCUUUUAUUUAGGAAGGCAGUGCAAUGCAGUGAGUGAGUUGUAUGAACAAAUCCACUCCACAUCAGAUGAGCUGUUAUUGCAGCAAUAUGAGGAUGUCAUCAAAGCCUUUGUGUCCGAGAGCAAAGAACACAGGAUGGAGAGUGAACAACUCGAGGCAAGUCUUCGAAGGACAGAGGAACUGACCAGCUGUCAGUUAGAAGAGAUGGAGGAGGACGUGCAGCAGCAACUGGCCCGCUCAGAAGAAAGGGUCCGAGAAGAGGAGCAGAAGAAAUUGGAUGAAUCCAUUGCUAUGCUCCAAAUCAAGCAUGAGAAUGAGCUGGCAGACCUGCAAACAACAAUAGAGAGGCUCACAAAGCAGUAUCAAGAGGAGUCAAAAUUGAACAGCCCCAGAGAAGAGGCCAACAAAUUGAGAGCACAGAUUAAAGCUCUUAUGCAGGAGAAUGAGGAGCUGAGGAGUUCGCUUAUAAAAGCCAAGAUGAAUGUCUCCGUUCUCCAGGUUGAGUUGGACGGAUUGAAGAAUGCCUUUGCUGACCAGAAAAUCCAACAUGAGAGAGAAAGUGAUGACCUUAAGAAGAUGGUGAUGGAGUAUCAGUCAUAUUCCAGCCAUAUAGAAAUCCUCCAGGAAGUGAACAAAACGUUGUAUGACAGCAAUGAUGGGUUACGCUCUGCUCUGAGCCAGGAAAGCUCCUCUACAAAAAGACGGCUCUCACCAAAAGAUGAAAUUCCUCCUAGGAAGAUGAAACCACUUCGACAGAGUACAAUGAAUCAGAGCGGUUUGACUAAUGAAGAGGAUACUAUGUCUUUAGUCAAGUGCUGGGCUGAUAAAUAUUUGGACAGUGGCGUUUCCCUUCAGACGGACCCUGAGCCGAUGUCAGCCAGCGACUAUGACAGUGACGACAGCCAUAAUUCAGUGGAAACGGUGCAUCAUAGUUACUCUUCUCUUCCAUCUGAACUGGAGGUAUCGGAACUGAAGUCUGAUGCUUUGCAAUCUGCACCUCGUAGCAGAGUUGGCUCAAUAUCAUCCUCACUUCGGCGACGCUUAUCUGCUUUUCCUGUCAAGCAAACUGAAGAAGACUUGCUCGACACAGAUCUUGCUCCAGUGUAUCGUCUGGUUUUGGCUGGGGAUGCUGGGUCAGGAAAAUCCAGCUUUUUACUACGGUUGAGUCUUAACGAGUUCAGAGGAGAUAUGCAAACCACUCUUGGUGUUGAUUUUCAAAUCAAGAAGAUGCUUGUAGAUGGAGAGAAAACAAACCUUCAGAUCUGGGACACUGCUGGACAGGAAAGGUUCCGCAGCAUUGCUAGGUCAUAUUUCCGCAAAGCACACGGAGUGCUACUGCUGUACGAUGUCACGUCUGAGAGCAGCUUUCUGAAUGUUCGUGAAUGGGUGGAACAGAUUCAGGAGUCAACCGAUAAGGACAUCCCAAUGUGUAUAAUAGGGAACAAGGUGGAUUUGAGGGCAGAGAGGCCAGAGGGAAGCUGUGUGAGCUCUUUACAUGGGGAAAAGCUUGCUUUGGCUUAUAAUGCCCUGUUCUGUGAGGCAAGUGCUAAAGAGGGGACGAACGUCGUUGAGGCCGUUUUACACUUGGCAAGAGAAGUAAAGAAACAUGCAAAACUGGGGAAGAGGUCAGAGUCACAGGUGAAUCUGAAUCUUCACAAACGGAGGAAGACUCUGAGCAACUGCUGUGGAGUUUAAAACUGCUGGGGUUUAAAGGUCUUCUGUUUUUUUUAAUGUCAGUGCAUUGCAGUAAAGUUAACUUUUUAAAUAAUUAUUGCACCUUAUAAAGUGAUAUUUUAUUGGGAAAAUGUUAGUCUUUUUAAAGAAUCAAGUUAGUCACUUAAGCAAUUGAUAUCUUUUGAAUGUUUUGUAAGUGUCCUUGGUGUUUUUAAGCACUGAUCAAAUGUAUACUUGUACAUUUGCCUACAAAUGAUCAAUUCACUUCAGGGUUCAAUGUGUAUUUAAAUGUUUUUAUUUGUUAUAUUUGAAUUGAAGGAUGUUCACGUACAUUUUGUUAAAUAAAAGUUUUAGAUU